AUGUCCUCGAGGCGUCUCCCUCUCAGCUGCGAGAAUUGUCGCCAGCGCAAAAUCAGAUGCAUCAGCUCUGGUUAUAGUGCUCCCUGCGACACCUGCUCUCGUCGUGGCUAUGCCUCCAGCUGUCGCUUCCGCCGCCAGGUUCCCUACGAGACAGCAGCUCGAUCGCCGGAUGCGACAAAUGUUUCUUCUCUGGAGGACCUUCUGAGACAGAAUAUUGCAGUGACAACAGCACUUCUAGACCAGCGAAAUGAAGCUCGACUCCCGUCUCCAGACUCGAGUUCCCCCGUUUCACAUAAUGCCACCGUGGAACGUCAAAGCCAACCCAUUCCCCAACAAUCAGGCCGUCUGGUCGUAUCACCGUCAAACCAUGUCCGGUUUAUACCGUCCAAUGGGCUCGGUGAUUCGGAUCUCAUCGAUGCCAUGCAUGAAACGAGCCCUGGCUGCCCGGCCGGGUUUCCCUUUUUCGAACAAGUCGGCGCAACUGCCGCCUCGGACGAGCUGCUAGACAUGCUCCCUCCUCUGCCACAGCUGGAAGAGCUCAAAGCCGUGUAUUUCAAAGUAUUCUCGCCUAUCUUCCACAUCUUGCAUGACCCGACCUUUCAUGCUAUGUAUGGCGAGUUCAGGCAGAAUCCGAAAUGCACCUCGUUGCCCUUCCUUGCCCUUCUUUUCGUCAUCCUCAGCCUCUCGGUCACUGCACUGGACGAAAGCAACCCUCUACUUAUGCAUCUAGGCCGCGACCCGUCGCCCGGGGCUAAUAUUCGCAGUCUCUCAGCCAAAUACCGAGGCGCAGCCAUGCGCUGUCUUGUCGCUGACAACUUCAUGUUCCGUCACAAUCUCUGCACAGUCCAAUGUUUGGUUCUGCUCAUCUACGCAAUCAACCAUGCCCAAGGCCCUGCAUGGUCUCUCCUCGGUACAACUCUCCAUAUAGCUGUUGCUGUCGGUUGUGCAGUUGACCCAGCACGACUCAACGUCAAUCGCAUCGAGACUGAGGAGCGUCGACGCUGCUGGGCAGCGUUGCAGAUGCUGUAUACCAUCCAGAAUACCUGUCUCGGGAAUCUAAUGCCUUUCUGCAUUGACUCUCAUGUGGAAUUGCCAGCCGAUAUUGAGGAUGAUGACUUGAAGCUCGACGCAUCCAACCAUCUCCCUGGUAAAGACGAUGCGCCAACGAAAAUGACUUAUCUGCUAUACAAAUUCCGUCUAUAUAAUCUCGCCUUCGAAAUCUGCCAACUCACGCUCCGGGACAGCCGUGCAAAUCUGGAGUCUAUAGAUAGAAGAAUUGCAUAUGAAGAACAACACCACUUCGAACGCUUCACAUCGAGACCUCUCGCAGAACUGGAGCCGUACCACCAGGCUCACUACUACAUUCUCGCCAUCUACACCAACCAUCUUACCGUCCUUCUCCAUAGGCCAUGGCUUUCAGAAAACAUAUACAAACAAAGCUCAGACCGAUGCGAGCACGCAGCGACCACCAUCCUGUCUAAUUUUGAAAAACUCUACUCGGGCCCUAUAUUUCGCUCGUAUCGGUGGUACGUCGACGGGCUGGGCUCUUUCUAUGCGUUUUUCUCCAUCACUACGUUGCUUGUACUGCACGGAAAUGGGCAGCUAGAUGUUCAAUCGAGACCGGAGACGAUAAAUCUUCUUCUCCGAUGUGUGGGUCUGCUUGUUAGCAAUGCUUCAAGAAGUUCCGUCUGUUCAAAAGCUGCUGCAAUUCUCGAGCCCGUAGUGCAGCAUUUGAACCCGGUAGAUCUGACAACUUCUUACUAUAUGAGUCCCAUUGGUGGAGAUGCUACAUAUACCGCGUUUCCUGAGCUAGGAAAUCUGUUUUUCGACGUCCCAUGUGAGCAGUUAUUGACGCCGGUGGGGUUUCCUUGGGUUACUUCCUCAGGUGCAGUCUAG